AUGGAAUAUACUCCACAACAGUUAAACUAUUUCAGAAUAUGUUAUAUCGCCUUCAACUUGGUGCCCGAAGGGCUUCGGAAAGUCUUCAAACAAGAGUGGAAUUUCCUUUACAUGACAACCCCAUUUGGAGAAUGGAAAGACAUUCCACAAAAUGGCCACGAUCUCUACAACAACGAAACAGGGAAAAGUCGCAAAAAAAAUGCUCGAUAUUUUGCGACAAUACAAAAGGGAAACACAGCAGAGUGGGACUGCAGUUGUGUACUUUUUGCGAUAUUGUUCUCGGAUAGUAUUGGCACCACUCUGAGUUCGACAAUCAGAAAAGAGAUCGACGAUCUUCGACAGGUGCGAAACGACAUCGCCCACAUAAACGAGGUUGAACUUACUGAUGCUGAGUUCAAAAAUUAUGUAGCAAGAGUGAUAGCUGCAUUUACAUCUUUGAAACUCUCAACUGAUGAAAGCGAGGAUGUUAAAAACCAGAGCAGCUUUCCCACGGCAGAAGUAAAAAGCUUAAAGCUAAAGGCUGAUGGACUUAAAGCUGAUUUAAAAGCGAAAAAUGAAGAAGUUAAAAAUCUAAACUCCGAAUUACAGACCAAGCAGGAAGAAGUAGAAACCCUUACUCAGGAAAUCCAUACCAAAGUUGAGUCUUUCUGUAGUCUUACAUUCAGGCCAUCGCACCAAAUCAUCAGACGUUCCAACGAUGUCACAAGAAUCAAGAACAAGCUGGAGGAACUUUAUAGUGAAAGCAAAGGGGCUAUCAGCACCAUUUAUAUAUCAGGAAUUCCGGGCUGUGGCAAAAGUCAAUUCGCUCGUCAAGUGGGACAGGAAGUCUAUUACAAAAGCUUGCGAGAAGACGAAGGUCUAACAUUUGUUUCUACUCUGAAUGCAGAAACCCUUGACACACUUGCCGACUCUUAUUUUAAUCUAGCUAAACAACUGAGAGUUACGGAAUACGCUCUGACCAACCUAGCAACCUCCACGAAGGUAGACUCAGGUGAAAAAAUUCAACAUUUGAAGAGUUUUAUUUCUCCAAAGGUGAAACAAUUUUCUUGCUGGCUGAUUAUUGUGGAUAAUGUUGUUGACGUAUCCGUGGUUCGCAGUUAUCUGCCUCCAACCGCCAGUGAAGAGUGGGGUCAUGGUCAGAUGCUAGUAACUACUCAAGAUACUCAGUCAAUACCCUUCAAUUCCCCUCAUACUUACCAUGAGUCUCUCAGUAAAGGAAUGCACCCAGAUGAUGCAGUAGACCUUUUAAGAGAAGUGUCCCAAAUUUCGAAUCAACAACAAGCUGAGGAGGUUGCUGAAGUCCUCGAGUAUCAGCCACUUGCCUUGGCAGCUGCUGCAGUCUACGUGCAAACUAUUGUCAACUAUGGUACCCCUAAUUACGGUUGGACAAAAUACCUGGAAACAUUGAAUAGCGAGGAACGCGAAGCCAGAGAAGAGCUUUUCGCGAAAAAAAACAGAGCAUACCCCAAAACAACGGCUACUGCAAUCAGAAUGGCAAUAACUCGAGCUUUGGAAAGCGACAAAGUUCUUUGUGAAGUAUUUUGUUUGUUUUCGCUUUGCACAUCUGAUUCUCUACCUAUUGAGGCUGCAGUUGACUUUGUUAAAUUUCGUAACAAACAAGAAAAAGAAGAAUUUAUCAGAGCUAAAAUUCUGGAAUCCACCAUGAUAACUUGCUUGUAUGAUGUUGACGGCACACCCACUUACUUAAGAGUACAUAACGUUGUUCAUGAAGUGCUUAAGUCCACUGUAACAUCACUCCUGAACCGCACACAUAAAGCUGAGUACUUUUCUGUUGCUGUUAAGAUUUUCAGUUCAUUAAUUGAAGACAACAAGAAGCUACUACUUACAAGUGAGAGUGCGUGCAUAAAGUUAAGGCUAACUACCAGUCAUUGCAAAGAGUUAUAUCAACAUUUCAAGACCAAUUUUACUAGCACAGAGUUAACAAAUAAUGAAUUAUUCCCCUCCAUAGCUCCUAGAAAUUUAGUAUCCUGGCUUUCCUCGACUGCUGAAGUCAGUCUCGACUUGAGUAAUAUAUCGGACGCUCACCUCUUUUGUACAUCAUGCUCUGAUUUUGAAAAUUAUCUUGAUGACGAGCUAAGAGAUAAGCUGGAAAAGGCGAAUUAUUUUCGAGUGCAAGGCCUUGUUUCCGAGGACCUUGGUCAGUACAAUCAGCCUAAAGAAUACCAUGAGAAGAAUCUUGCCAUUAGAAAAGAGAUUUAUGGUGAACACCAUGGUGACGUAGCGCAGAGUUACAACAACCUGGGAAAUGUUUACAGUGCCCUUGGUCAGUACAAUCAGGCUAAAGAAUACUAUGAGCAGUCUCUUGCCAUUAGAAAAGAGAUUUAUGGUGAACACCAUGGUGACGUAGCGCAAAGUUACAACAACCUGGGAAAUGUUUACAGCGCCCUUGGUCAGUACAAUCAGGCUAAAGAAUACUAUGAGAAGUCUCUUGCCAUUAGAAAAGAGAUUUAUGGUGAACACCAUGGUGACGUAGCGAAAAGUUACAACAACCUGGGACUUGUUUACAGUGUCCUUGGUCAGUUCAAUCAGGCUCAAGAAUACCAUGAGAAGUCUCCUGCCAUUAGAAAAGAGAUUUAUGGUGAACACCAUGGUGACGUAGCGCAAAGUUACAACAACCUGGGAAAUGUUUACAGUGCCCUUGGUCAGUACAAUCAGGCUAAAGAAUAUCAUGAGCAGUCUCUUUCCAUUAACAAAGAGAUUUAUGGUGAACACCAUGGUGACGUAGCGAGAAGUUACAACAACCUGGGAAUUGUUUACAGGAAGCUCGGUCAGUACAAUCAGGCUAAAGAAUACCAUGAGAAGUCUCUUGCCAUUAAAAAAGAGAUUUAUGGUGAACACCAUGGUGACGUAGCGAGAAGUUACAACAACCUGAGACUUGUUUACAGUGACCUUGGUCAGUACAAGCAGGCUAAAGAAUACUAUGAGAAGUCUCUUGCCGUUAAAAAAUUAUUUACGGAGAGGAGCAUUCCUCUGUAGCGAACAGUCAUCUCGACCUUGGCAAUAUCUAUUGUAGCGUUAAACAGUACCCUGUUUCUGAAGAAUGCUAUGAAAAGGCUCUGAACAUUUAUAAAACCUUGUAUGGCGAGCAGCAUGAUGUCGUGAAAAGAACUUUCAACGAGUUAGAAUUCGUUAAAAGGAAACAAAGAGAACUUAAUCAAACUCGUUACAAAUGUCGCAUUGUGUAA